AUGAUGCCCAUCACUCUAUACGGUCACCAUGCUGGCCCGAACCCCAAAAAGGUGGUUAUGGUUCUCGAAGAACUAGAAAUCCCUUAUGAAAUCAAGUUUCUUGAAUUUUCUGAGAUGAAGCAGCCUGCUUAUGAGAGUAUCAACCCGAACGGGCGGGUUCCUGCGAUUUACGAUCCAAACACAAAAAUCACGCUAUGGGAGUCUGGAGCAAUCAUCGAAUAUCUGGUUGCAAAAUACGACACGGAGAGAAAAAUCAGCUUCGAACCUGACAGCGCCGAGUUCUACCAAGCAAAGCAAUGGGUUCAUUUCCAAGCAUCGGGCCAGGGCCCGUAUUUCGGUCAGGCAGUGUGGUUCAAAAUUCACCACAAGGAGCAGAUUCAGUCUGCUGUUGAUCGAUACAUCAACGAAAUUCGCCGCGUGUCGGGGGUUCUGAAUGGAUUUUUGGAGGGACGCAAAUACCUCGUGAACGAUAAAUACAGCUACGCGGAUAUUGUUUUUGUCCCCUGGUUCGAGGUUGUCACAUGGGUGGCCGCCGAUUGCAUCGAUUUGGAGAAGGAUUUCCCCAAUGUGUAUGCCUGGUUGACCAAUUUAAAGUCACACCCUGCGGUCGUUGAAGGAUUAGGUGCAAAGUCAGAGGCCCCUAAAAAGCUGUGA